AUGGGCAUGAGGAUGUGUAGUCAAUACUUGCAUGGGAGACCUCUUGGGAAAACCAGGUUGCUGCUGGAAGAGGUGAUGGUGAAACCAGCAGGGGGUGUGUUUGGUAGUGAGUUUGUGUCAGUGACUGAAGGAGAUCCUGUGACUUUAUCUGUCAGUCUCACUGAAACACAGAGAGAGGACAGAAUCUCCUGGAAGUUUACAUCUCAAGAAAUUAAAGCAUCAGAAAUUAUCAUAGCUGAACUAGAAGAUAAAGGAAAUAAUGUCCGUUAUUACAAAGACAGAGCUGAAGGAAGAUUUAGAGACAGACUGAAGUUAAACAAACACACUGGAUCUCUGACCAUCACAAACACCAACAUCACACACACUGGACUUUAUAAAGUGAACAUCCGCCGCACAAGUACACAUCACAAAACAAUCAAUCUUACUGUCUAUGCUCGUCUGCCGGUUCCUGUCAUCACCAGCAUAUUUCCUCAAAACUCUUCAUCAUCAUCAUCAUCAAAUUGUUCAUUAUUGUGUUCAGUGUUGAAUGUGAGAGAUGUGAGUCUGUCCUGGUAUAAAGGAAACAGUUUAUUGUCCAUCAUCAGUGUGUCUGAUCUCAACAACAACAUCUCUCUUCAUCUGAAGUGUCUGGAUGAUUCUUACAGCUGUGUGCUGAACAAUCCCAUCAGUAAUCAGACUCAACAUCUCAACACUGAUCUCUGUCAGAUGUGUUCAGAAGAUUAUACUCACCAGCGUGGUUUUACUGAAGCUUUGAGUCGAUCGGCCCUCGCUGUUCUGGUGGUCUUGGCUGCUGUUGCUUUUGUGGUUUAUGACAUCAGAUCCAGAAGAGAUGAAGAGAAGAGGAUUAAAUCAGACAUACAGUUAAAUACACCUGAUUUAACAGAGAAUUAG